AUGCGCUUCGUGAAUGCGUUCUUUCAGUAUGCAUACAGCAGCAAUCCAUUCAUCCACAAGGCCUCGUUCAACGUCAACACUGCAUCCCGACACCUCGUCCUGGCUAUAUUACUAUACGGCUUAACUUAUUCAUCUGUUGAGCACGCUUCAGCCUAUAGCGAAUAUUACGAUGUGGUUGAGUAUCUUAUCUUUGAGGGUCCUGAGUUCCAGCAACUCUUGAAACAAGAGAAACAUCCGGUCCUUUCUACGGCAAUCAUACAGCUUAUUCAAGCGGCGAUACUCAUCAUCGAGCUACAAGGCUCACAGGCUAAGUUGGAAAUAAAGAGACGAAUCCGAGUCCAGAGACUGCCAGCUUUGAUAUUUGUGGUUCGAUUGUUGAAUCUUACAAAGUUUGUCAAUAGUACCGUCCUUGAUGGGAACGUUACCACUUUAGAGGAACAUAUGCACAAAGAGACUCUUGUGAGAGUCAUGGCGUGGGUUUAUCUUCUUGACGCUCAUUGUGUCAUCUUCUACCACUCCCCUCCCCAGCUAAGGCUCUGUGAAGCAAUUUUUGGCCUGCCCAUGCACGAUGGUAUCUUUGAUGCGGUCGACCCAGCCGAAGCAAGCGAUACUACUCUGAAUAAAUCAUCUCAAGCACCACCGUUGACUCUUCGAUCGGUAGUAAAACGAUUGAUGGAUGACAAGUCAAUUGACCUUGAAGGGGAGGAAAUUCAACAAAUUGAGAGUCUCCUCGGGCUCUUCCUUAUCUUAAGCGCACUUCACUGCGUCUUAUUUGACCUCCAGGCACUUGCGAUCAUCACAAAUACUCGAGAACCUCUGAAACCUAUUGAACGUGCUCUGGACAGAUGGAAGCUCAUGUGGGACUCGAGAUAUGCGGAGCAUCAACUGUCAUUGAUAGGUCCAUCGGGGUUCAUGGUUCAUGCGUUGGAGUUCUGGUGGCUGGCCAAAAAGCUAGUUAAACAUCCCCACAUCUUCAGCAUGAGGGAGGAAGUUGCUGCGGAUUCGACAGGUACUUUCCAUGAGAUGAUCAAGAGGCUCAAAGAAAUGCAGGCGGAAUAA